GAUUGCCUGGAAUGGUGGACAGGCUGUUGAAGUGAAGCUAGUCACAGAAGACAAAAGCCUUGUCAACACUAGUUUAUGGGAUGCCUGCAUUACCUUGUCAUCUGGACAGCUUCAGUCAUUCCUAAAUGUGGGACAUAUUUAUGGCUGUGGAUCUCUCAAGCAAGUAUCCAAUUAUUUUACUGAACAAAUGGAUUUAAACUGGGAUGGCAAAAAACUAAAACAGCGCCUGGAAUUUGAGAGGAGAAGACCUACACACCCUGAUCAUAUUCAAUUGGAGGCUACUUUGGAGAACAUAUUCCAAACAACCUGCAGCAGACAAGAAAUUGUAGGCAAACUGCAGACAGACUACGAAAGUCACCUUGGUCAUUACAUGAGUAUCCAUUUCUGUGACCUUCCUGAUCCCCUUGUACUCUCAGGAAGACACCAACUAAACCUCAGUGGACUUCUUCUCCAAUCUGAAGUUGCAUUUAGUCUGUCUGGUAACCAGAAUGGCUGCACAGUAACAGUGUCUCUUAGAAAUGAUGGACUGGCAGAAGUGCAAAAUUACUCCAUGGUGGUAAAUGUGAAAGCAACUAAAGACGUACAGCUUGGAAUGCUGGGACGAUAUUUUGCAUCAGAAAAUGGCAGCUUUAUCUUAUUAGUGGGACAAACUGAUAAGAACGGGAAAGUGAAAGUGAUGGUUUCAAAAAUGAAGACAUGCCUAAGACAGCACAUGGAAUUUUCAAAUGGAGCUGUAGCAGAAGAGAGCUUCGAACUCGAGGCCUGUUCCAAUGGGAAACAAGAAGCACAUGUCAGUAUCUUCAACAAUGUUCAAAAUAUGAAGCAGAGAACAUUAGGACACCUCGCUUUGACUGUUGCAAACCAAAGUCUCAGUUUAUCAGCACAAGGUUGUGGAAGAAGUAUCACUGAAGUGGAGAAAAAACUUGGAAGACACCUUAGUCAUCUAAAAGCCAAUGUGUUGAAGAAAAUUAAACAGACUGAAUCUUACAUCUGGGAAUUUAGGCAAAAUGUACAACACAUUGCUUUUCUGCAUGAAUUGGCACAUUGGCCUUUGGAAAUCCUGGAAGAAAUUGCUAGAGCCCUUGAAGCUGGAGACAGAAUUGUAGCUCUGCAGUGGAAGCAGAGUGUUCUUAGAGAAAUUCUUACAAAUGGCUUGCCACUUUACUUAGCAAAGAUCCAAGAUAUUUUACAGCAGCUCCAAGAGGACCUACAAAAACCACUGUCAACUCUGAAAGAUGCAUACUUUGAAGUGACUUCAAAACCUCUGGAUGAAGUGUGGAGAGAAAGAACAAAUGAUUUUGUGAGAAAAAUUCACAACUUCAUGCCCAGUGUGAUAAAGGACACGUAUCUUCUGCAGCCUGUCCAAUUUAUACUACAAGCCCUUAAAACAGGCCUCGAUAUGACUACAAAUCAUGUGCUGAAGUGGAUGGAAGCUAAAGUCUCAAAAGCAGCUGGCAGCAUUCGCAAACCACUGUCAAACUUCUUCCAAUACUCGCCUCGUGACUGUUUGGUGAACAUCAGUUUUCCCAUAAUGCCUCAAGCAAAGCACUUCAUGGACCUAGCCAACAUCACCAACUACAUGAUUGAGAGCAAGGUUAUGGGGCCCAUCCGUGAUGUUUACAGCAUUAAUGUCGUAGCCGAGUACUACAGAUUAAAAAAAAGGCUAAUGGAAAGUCCCUUUGAGUAUCACGCGCUGCUGAUUGGAGACAGACACGUGGUGACUUUUGAUGGACAGCUGUAUGAUUUCAUUUCCCAGUGUGCCCUACUUCUUGCCAAGGAUCUUGCUCACAAUGCAUUUACAGUGUCUCUGAAACCAGAAGAGGGAAGUGUGACGUCUGUCCAUGUGGUGAUGAAUCAAACAGCUCUUGAUAUUUUUCCUGGACAGAAGACUGAUGAAAACUGCAAACCCAGCGACACAGUACUAACGCAGAAUGGAGUGUCUGUUAGAAGGGAAGGAAACAGGAUAGAAGUGUCCAACCAGAAUGGUGUCACUGUGUCAUGUGAUCUUAAAUAUGAUAUAUGCAGCAUGACUCUCAGUGGAUGGUAUCACGACCAUUACUAUCUUCAAAAGAAAGGCAUAGCAAUGGGUUCCCCAUGUGGGAGUAGUGUGGCAAAUUUAUUUGUCGCUUAUUGGGAAAAGAAGUACCUAUUUAACCAUCCAAUUUUUAUGGAGAGUGUUAAAAUUUAUACCAGGUUUCUUGAUGAUGUGUUUAUGUUAAUUAAAGGGGGCGAGGAUGUUGCUUUGACCCUUAUUGCACAUAUGAAUGCCUCAACAGAAUUUUUAAAAUUCACACAUCAUUUCUCCACUUCUGAGAUCGACUACUUAGAUGUCCAGCUAGUCAAAGAUGUGAGUAACAAUAGAUUCAGCUCAUCUGUUUUCAGGAAGGCCACUUAUUGCAAUUCGUUUUUGCAUUUUUCUAGUUGCCAUCCCUGGAAGCAGAAGCGUUCUAUUGUCAAAGGGCAACUGGUUAGGGCUGCCCGAAUGUGCAGCACUGAUGAGGCUUUUGAUAAAGAGUGCUCUUUCCUUAAAGAUAUGUUUUUGAAUCGUGGGUACCCUGACACUCUUAUUUGUGGCCUAAUUGAUGAAGUAUUAUUGAAACGUAUAAAUGGUACUUACUUCCCAUUGCUCCUACAUAAAGUGAAAACACCUCUUUUUGUAAGUGGUUUUAUGCCAGCUACUAGUGAGCCCAAGCUUACUUCGCCCACAGAUAAUUCUGGCUUAACCCCCAGAAGGUCUAAUAAUCUUAAUUUUUCUGUUGGUUUCAUCUCCUCGUAUAACAUCAACUCUGGGCUCUUGUGUUCUAUCAUUUGUAAGAAUUGGUAUUUUAUUACCAAUUCUGGUUUACACGAGAGGCUAGGAGUAACCCCUCUAUUCACAUUUAAAAGAGGUAACAACCUUAAAGAGUUGUUACAGAGGAAUAAAGGAACAGAUCUUAUGUCAAAUAAAUCAUUAAGUGAUAUCCCUGUUGAUAUCCAGUCAGAUAAAUCAUUAAGUGAUAUUUCUAUUAAUAUCCAGUCAGAUAAAUCAAGUGAUAGUCCUGUUAAUAUCCAGUCAGAUAAGUCAUUAAGUGAUAUUCCUGUUACAGUCCAGUCAGAUAAAUCAUUAAGUGAUAUUCCUGUUAAAGUCCAGUCAGAUAAAUCACUAAGUGAUAUUCCUGUUAAUGUCCAGUCAGAUAAAUCAUUAAGUGAUAUUGCUGUUAAUGGCCAGUCAGAUAAAUCAUUAAGUGAUAUUCCUGUUAAUGUCCAGUCAGAUAAGUCAUUAAGUGAUAUUCCUGUUACAGUCCAGUCAGAUAAAUCAUUAAGUGAUAUUCCUGUUAAAGUCCAGUCAGAUAAAUCAUUAAGUGAUAUUGCUGUUAAUGUCCAGUCAGAUAAAUCAUUAAGUGAUAUUCCUGUUAAUGGCCAGUCAGAUAAAUCAUUAAGUGAUAUGCCUAUCAAUAUCCAGUCAGAUAAAUCAUUAAGUGAUAUUCCUGUUAAAGUCCAGUCAGAUAAAUCAUUAAGUGAUAUUCCUGUUAAUGUCCAGUCAGAUAAAUCAUUAAGUGAUAUUCCUGUCAAUGGCCAGUCAAAUAAAUCAUUAAGUGAUAUUCCUGUUAAUGUCCAGUCAGAUAAAUCAUAA